AUGCGGCUUCAGGCGCGCGAGAGCUUUGUCGAUGUUCUUAUUGUUGGAGCUGGUCCUGCUGGUCUGAUGUGCGGCAAUGCCCUCGCUGCUGCGGGUGACAUCAAGGUCAAGAUCAUUGACCGAAGGCCGUCAAAGAUAUCUGUUGGCCAUGCAGAUGGAAUUCAACCGAGAACGAUCGAGGUUCUACAAAGCUACGGCCUUGCCGAACGACUGCUACGUGAGGGAAGUCAAUUGCACAUGGUUGCUUUCUACAAUCCGAAUCAGACUGGCGGGAUUGAGUUCACGGCUCGUGGUUCUGAUGUGGUACCGACUGCGCGUUUCCCAUUCAAGAUUGGGUUACACCAAGGUGCCGUAGAAAGUGCAUUCAUUGACUCAAUGGCACACCACAACUUAAGAGUGGACCGGCCCGUUGAACCGCUAGCCAUUGAAUUUUCGCGAGAUCAAGAACAGCUCCGUAGCUUGUCCUCGUACCCAGUCAAGGUAGCGCUCGCACACUUGGAUGCAACCACCGAUGCAGACAAGUUGGAGGUUAUCCACGCUAAAUACGUUGUCGGUACAGAUGGGGCACAUUCGUGGGUUCGAAAAGCAUUCGGAAUUACCAUGGAUGGGGAUCAGACAAAUGAUGUAUGGGGUGUGGUUGACAUGGUCCCGGAUACCAAUUUUCCGGACAUACGACACAAAGCGGUGAUACAUUCCAUAAACGGUUCACUUAUGUCCAUUCCACGUGAAAAUGACAAGGUACGGUUGUACGUUCAACUGUCGGAGAAGGAUGUCGUGGAUCCGGGAACUGGAAGGGUUAGCAAAGACAAGUCGAGUCCUGAGAAAAUUCUCGAGGUUGCAAGAAAAACGCUACAUCCCUUUUACAUAUCUCCGUUGUCAGGCAUAGAAUGGUGGACAAUGUACCUGAUCGGGCAGCGCGUAGCAUCUAGAUUUUCGGUCGAAGACCGUGUGUUCAUUGCCGGGGAUGCAUGUCACACACAUUCGCCUAAAGCAGGCCAAGGGAUGAAUGCAAGCAUGAACGAUACUCACAACCUUGCGUGGAAACUUGUUCAGGUCCUCAGGGGGUGGGCAUAUCCGUCAAUUCUAAGAACUUACGAGUCAGAGAGGAGAAAGUACGCCAUAGACUUGAUCGACUUCGAUAAACGACUUUCAGCGUUGUUCUCCGGUAAGCCGAGGACCUCAGAUAACGAAGACGGCGUAUCCCAUCAAGAGUUCCUCAAGGCAAUCGAGACUGCCAGUGGUUUCGCGUGUGGCACAAGCGUACACUACGGUCCUUCUGUGAUCGUUAACGCCAAGCAUCAGUAUUGUGCAGAGAAUCUCCUCGUUGGGCAGCGCAUGCUCCCUCAAGUCUUCGUCCAUGCAGCAGAUGCGCGACCGGUGGACAUUCACGAUUUGUUACCCGCCGAUACGCGGUUUAAGAUCCUCGUUUUUCUCGGGUCCAUGGAGGAGGAAUCCAGAGUCGUAGAAAUCAAUGCCCUGGCUGACGAGUUGAGUUCGCCCACUGGGCUCUUGCGGAAAUAUUCGAUGGGUGGCCGGACUUCUUCGCCCAUGUUUGACCUCAUAACCAUCGUGGCGGGUAAGAAAGAGAAGUUUAAUUACCUGCGUGUUCCUCUGGUUUUUCGGCCUCAUUGGUCCAAAGUCUUGCUCGAUGAUACCGAUGUCACUGGGAGAAAGGGAGGUGGUGCCUACGAGAGGUUUGGCAUCAGUUCCAAGUCGGUUACCUUUGUGAUUGUGAGACCAGAUGGAUAUGUUGGGAUGGUGGCACCGGCUGCUGCUAUGGGGGACGUGCAUAAAUACUUUGCAUCGUUCUUGCUUCCCCGUCACUGGGUUUCGAGACUUUGAUUUGAUGAUAUUGGGUUGUUAUAGGUGUCGUGUAUUUCCGGAUGUUCUAUAGGCAACGAUGAUUACCUGUAAGAAUAUAAAUCCGUGAGUAGUGAAUGUAAUCUGCAUAAAUCUAGUGUUUCGAAUGCCACGUGGGAGUCCCGCCGCUCGUCCCACGAACCUGCCUGUGCGACCAUGCCAGAAACUCUGCGCUGAGCUCACACAUUGCGCGAAUACUUACCUUCGUGCGAUGUGGGCCAUAUUGUUGAUGUUGCAUUGCACCUCCGCCGAGUCGCUUCGGAUUCUGGUGUGGAGAGCAAGUGCUGGACGAGCUCGAAUCCGCUAAUGCUCUUUGUGCGUUCAUCGAGGCGCAAAAGAGGAAAACGGUGGGGCCCCGCAGCGAAUCUAUCGAUAGGGAACGGCAAGGACUUCGACUGUCA